AUGGAUCCGCUCAGUAUCGUCGGGCUUGUUGGGAAUAUUGUCCAAUUUCUUGACUUCACGGGGACGAUACUAUCCACGUCGGCCCAUAUCUACAGCUCCAGUAGAGGUGUAUUGCCAGAGAAUGCCGACAUCGAGACCGUGACAAGACACCUGGUCCUGCUGAACAAUAAGCUUAAAGACGCUGCGAGUUCUAGUGGGGCUGGCGAGCUUCAGAAGCUGUGUGCAUUGUGCAGUAAUGUCGCUGACGAACUGCUAGCAGCGUUAGAUAAGCUGAAGGUCAAAGGUCAGCCAGGACGAUGGAAGAGUGUUAAAAAGGCAUUGCAAAGUAUCUGGAGCAAAAAUAAGAUCGAAGAGCUCGAACAAAGGCUGGCGAGGCUCCGGGAAGAGCUGAACCUGCACGUUGUUGUUGAGUUGAGGGACCAACUUGCUCUGUUCAGAGCAGAAAACUCGGACCGCCUGCGGGAGCUCGAUAUAGCGACGAAGCAUGUCGUGGACGCCAUCGUCGACCAACGAGAUGUCUUUGAAGCAGCGCAUGAUGCCCAGCUCACUUGCAUGAAAGACUUGCACAGGGAAACAUUGGCAAGAGUCAAAGAGGAGCAUCUGAUCACUCGCCGUGAAAUACUUCAUGAAAUCCGGGCCGGUCUUCGUUCGGAGUCUGCUGACAGACAGACCCGCAGACAAGAAGCUUGCUGGUCUGUUCCCUUUGUGAGAAAUCCAAAGUUUGUGGGCCGCGAACAGCAACUUGACGAACUUGAAAGAAGGUUGUUCGUCGAAGGUUCCUGCACGAAAAUCGCCAUCUUUGGUCUGGGUGGAGUGGGCAAAACUCAGAUUGCGCUUGAAUUAGCUUACCGAACCAGAGCACAAAGGCCAGACUGCUCUGUCUUCUGGGUGCCUUCGACCACUGUCGAAAGCUUUCAACAGGCAUAUCUCGACAUUGGCCGGAAGCUGUGUUUACCACAAGCCGAGAAGCAGAAUGACAACAUCAAGAAGAUCGUGCAAGAAUACCUCAGUCAGGACAGCGCCGGCCGCUGGUUGCUGAUAUACGACAAUGCGGACGAUCUCGACCUGUGGUUCAAGAACACGGAUGGCACCAACGAGCCAGCUUUAAUCAACUAUGUGCCGACAAGCAGCCAGGGGUCCAUCAUUUUCACGACGCGAGACCGAAAAGCCGCAGUCAAAUUUGCUGCGCAAAACCUGGUCGGUGUCGGCGAGAUGGAUGAGCAGAUAGCAACCCAGAUGCUAAGCAAAUCCCUAAUUGAUCAGCGACUCUUGAACGAUCAUCGGACCACGCUCGACCUCCUCGAGCAACUGACCUUUCUUCCCCUUGCCAUUGCGCAGGCAGCCGCCUAUAUAAACGAAAAUGGGAUAUCCCUCUCGGAAUAUCUAUCACUUCUGAAGGAUAAAGAGCAUCGCAUUAUCGAAAUCCUAAGUGAGGACUUCGAAGACGAUGGAAGAUAUCGCAACAUCAAGAAUCCUAUUGCCUCGACAUGGCUGAUUUCAUUUGAGCAAAUCAGGCGUCGUGAUCCUCUCGCAGCAGAGUACCUGUCAUUUAUGGCCUGUAUUGAUCCAAGGGCUGUUCCGCAGUCCCUUCUGCCGCCGGCAAAGUCGAAGAAAAGGAUGAUUGAGGCAAUUGGGACCCUGAGUGCUUACUCAUUUAUUACGAAGCGGCCUGCAGAUUCGUCGCUGGACCUCCAUCGGCUAGUCCAUCUCGCCACUCGAAAUUGGCUGCAAAUGGAAAAUUCGUUAUCCAAGUGGGUGGCGAAGGCCAUUGUACGGCUAGACGAGGUCUUCCCAAGCAAUGAUCACACAAACAGGGACUUGUGGAGAGCCUACUUACCGCACGCACUCUAUGUCGUCCGCUCAGAUCUUGGCGACGAGGUUCCAGAGAAACUAUCAUUGCUUGAGAAGCUUGGACUGUGUUUGCUUAGUGACGGAAGGUAUAAUGACGCCGAAAUGUCAUUUGUCCAUGUGACAGAGACAAGGAAAAGGGUGCUGGGAGAGGAAGACCUGUCGACACUGGUCAGCAUGGCCAAUCUUGCACUGACAUAUUGCAACCAAGGACGAUGGACAGAGGCAGAGGAGCUGAAUAAGGAAGUGUUAGAGAUAAGUAAGAGGGUGCGUGGGGAGAGGAGCACCAGGAGACACUGUCCAUCAUGGCCAAUC